AGUGCAAAUACAGGUGAACGAUUUAAUACAGAAAAUAGCUAUGGUUUAUGUUGUGCUAAAUUUUUUUGUGAUUUACAGAAUGUAAAAUGUGCCAUAUUACGUGAAAAAGCUGGACUCAUAAACCGAAGUAGUGAUCUCUUGAUAUUUACUAAAAUGUGCUCAAAAAUUGUACAGGAUCAACCUUUAUUGUUUCAACAAAUGGCAUUUUUAUUUUGACACAUUUUGCUUCUUAGUCAAGUAUCAACAUCACCUCAUAUUUUAGACAAAAAAAUUUAUUGGUUGUUGUGCAAAUUAUCGUAUUGCAAAAAGAUUAAAUAGGAGUAGCACAAAACGAGCCAUCGGAUAUAGUUCCUAUCCAGCUAUUAAAAUCGAUGCAAGGUGACGAGCAUUGCAUCCUUCAGUGAAUUUUCAUUUUGGUGAUUCAAUCAAUGUGCUUCGUAGAAAUAAAGGCGUAGUUUUAGAUAAUUUGAACUUUUACUAUAGUGUUACUGGAAGUGAUAAUGCAAAGAAAAUCGAACAAAAUUAGAAGUAAUAAGUUUGCAAAAACAAAAUUACAACUUAAGUAUCAAUUAUCGAUCCCGUAAUGUUGAACAGGCUGGUGGUCAAGUGAACACCUUUUUGUCUGGAGUGUUACAGAUGUUUUCAUAUAGCGUUUGAGGAUACACACAUCGAAGUUGAAUGAAAAGGGAAAUUAGCUGUCAAUUCAACAUUUUCACAAUGCGGAAACAGUAUUCACCAUGCAUUGUGCAAUAUUAAAUACAAAAGCCAGUUUAAAUGCAUGAAAUACAAAAAAAAACGUUGCAUGUAGAAUUUGUGAUGAAAAAAGAUGACUUAUAUCGGGGAAAACACCUAUAUUACAGUGAAAUUAUUGAACCUGUACAAAAUGGUUUAAUAUGUGUAUAGGAGCGUAAUAGAAAAGUGUGUUAAGAUUUCAUGUAGUUAAAAAUAAAAAAAAACAGCUCCAAGUGAAUGUCAGUUUAGAGUUUAAAUUUUGCUAAAAAGAGUGAAAAAAAGUGAAGCUGAAGAAGCUUAAAAGUGUAUCGCACAUCUCAUUAUCCGUCCACUAAAUAUGAAUCCUGUCGACUAUUCAGUGGUGACAAAUAUUCGGUGUAUCAGAUGAUAAAAGAAUGGCCGUGGCAUCAAUGAAAAUACAUUUGGAUACGAGUCAUCGAAAACUGCUCCCGUAUAUAUGACCAAUUGGCAGAAAAAAAACUCCAGAUAAAACUCAUUCAUUAAUAUCACAGACAAUCAUAAUUCGUAAAAUUAAAAUCAAAAUGAGCGCGAAAAUCAAACGUAAUGCGUUAUGAAGGAAAAUGGCCACGGUGCCCCAGAGGAGAAGGUUUUAGUAUUAUCAGUACCGCAAAAAUAAACUCAGCAGUGUCCAAGUCGGAUUUGUCAGUCCACUUACGAUUACAACAUAACAUUUUAAAACGAAAAUCUGACUUCUGGUAUUCGCCGUUAUAUCAACAUCUGUCUUUAUCUGAGAAAAACCUUUUCGAAAUGAGCUCGUUGUUCAAUUCAAUCAAAAACUUAGCAAUAGGCGGCAACACCAACGCUUUAAACGGAAAUCAGGAACCGUCAAUUUAUCUAGAUUCGGAACACGCAACGUUCACCAUAUCACCGCCACCUCCUCCACCACCUCCCCCAUCAACGUCAACUUCGGAUCAAAAUCUGAAAAGGAUGGGAAUCCCGGAUACUCACGCCGAUUUCAAACAAUGGCUUCAUGCUAUGAAGAUGGUCGCUCGAUUGCCCGGUGGAAUGCCGGCCGAGUUUCGCCGGAAGCUUUGGCUAGCACUGUCGGACCGAUACCUGCAAACGAAAGGAAUCAACUGGGACGAAGAAGGUGAAAAAUAUCUCGGCGAGCAAUGGGACGAAGACGAUGAAGAGCUUGGGAUUCAGAUUGUAAAGGAUUUACAUCGUACGGGGUCGAGCCUAUGCUCCGGACCAUCCGGAACCAUCAAUCAAGCAAAGCUGAAACGGGUUUUACUGGGAUAUUCACGAUUCAAUCCUGAAGUUGGAUACUGUCAGGGAUUUAACAUGCUGGGCGCCCUUAUCCUACAAGUAAUGGACAAAAAUGAAGCAGACUCAAUCAAAGUGAUGAUUUUGUUAAUAGAAGGACUACUGCCACGGGGCUAUUUUUGUGGAUCGUUAGGUGGGCUGCAGACAGACAUGGCCGUUUUUCGGGAACUUUUAGGAACAAAACUUCCCAAGCUAGCCCGCCACCUCCAAAAGCUACAAGGACCGGAGGGAGCAUUUGAGCCACCUUUAACGAACGUUUUCACAAUGCAAUGGUUCCUCACUUUGUUCUGCACUUGUCUGCCUAUUCCAUUUGUAUUGCGCAUAUGGGAUCUGAUACUAAUUGAAGGUAGUGAUGUUCUUCUUCGUACGGCAUUGGCGAUCUGGGGCCUUUUAGAGGGCCGUAUUUUGGUGACGAAAACGGCUGAUGACUUUUAUUGUAAAAUGGGAGCAUUGUCUGCCGAACUUGUCAAUGGAAACCUCAUCGAUUGUAAUAGUCUUAUUCAGCGAAUUGUUGAUAUUGGUGCAAUUCAUGAUCUCCACAAAAUGCGCGAGAAACAUUUGCACAACAUUACCAAGCUGAAGGAGUCAUCGAGCUUAAAGAUAUUCUACUCGGACGAGGAAGGAGAGUCCGAUGAGGAUUCACGUUUGGCUGUAACUGCAACUGCUUGGGGACUUCGAUCUGGGCGACGAGCCUCGCUAGGAUUGCCCACUAACCUUCGAAAUGCCGGCGAUGGAAAAGAAAAAAUGAACCUAGACAUUUCCCUUUUAAAAAAGCAGUACGAUAAACUUAGAGAACGACAACGACAGGCACAUAUCAUCCUGACGGCAGCCGUAGCAAGACAGCCUCCAGCUAAUCCACAGAGCAAUUCACUGCAAGUUAAUCAACUGUUAGUGGGUAAAAAUGCAAUCCUAAGCAACAAAGGGAAACGCCUUGGGCCGCCGCAAGGUGCUGUGCCUCCGAUAAGGGCUCCCAAGUCGAGCAAACAGGGCAAAUCGGGAGCUCCCAAGUCCCCAAAGCCAGCUGAAACCCUACACUGGAAAGACAUGGAUGAAAAACAACGUCGAGGAAGCUUAAAGUGGAGGGAGAUGCAAAAGGACGGGAAAAAGCCAACCAUCAAAGAUGACUCGGAUAUUGCCAAACCAGAAUCCCCAAAACUGAUAAAGUCUUCAAGUGCAUCCUCAGCCAUCAGCAACAUCUCGGAAACUGGUUCGUCGUCUAUUGGAGCUAAAAGGCCGAGCGAAUCUUCAUCCUACAGUGAGGAGUCCGAUGCCGAUUCCAGUACCAGCACAUCAUUGUGCGACGAUGACAAUCAGCUUCUAAGCGCCUCAUCGCUAGAAGCAUCGCCAAUGAAGCGAAGGCUUACACCCGACAGUAUAAAGGAAGUUCCCGAUGACGAUCAGCUGGUAGUGACAACCGAGGACACUCUGAGCUUUGAAUUCCCGGUGCUAGUAAACGUACAGCAACAGCAUGUCCAGUCGGCCACCCUACCGGACAUUGCAGAAGAAAGCCAUACGGACACGCAAAGCAGCUCUGUUGACAGUAAACAUGCUUUAGAAAUUGCAGAUAGUCCGAUUGUAGAGAUCAAAGAACCGCCGCCGAUUAGCGUGAAAAUUAAACCAUCACAGUUGGAACUGGCAAGUCCUGUCGACGACAAGUCUUUGUCGAUUGCCAUUACAAGUACCAGCCAGCUAUCGCCGAUCCCUGAUAUCGGGCACUACGUGAGCAUGUCCACCAUCAGCCCGCUCAGAACACCUUCGUCAAUUAUGGACUAUUCGGAUUACUUGAACAACAUUCCCAGUGACAGUACAGUUACAUGUGACGCUCCAAUCACCGACGCAAAAGACCACGCGCUGUUCAAUGUCAACGAGGACGGAGUAACAAAUCAACUUUUUGAACGAAUAAACGCAGCUGAGCGGCCUAACAAACUAGAUUUGAAUGUAAUCAAGGAACGAAAAGUUAGUGAAUCACUAGUAAAUACUACUGAAAGUCUACUUGAUCGUAGUGACAAUACAUCGAAGCUCGAAAACUAUAGCUUCACGAAUGUUUCUAAUCGUUCAUCCAUGUCGUCAUCGUUUAUAUUAGAGCUACCGGUACGAACAAGCUUGCAGCACGAUUCACCAUUGAUACCGCCGCCAAAUGCAGAACCAUCAACAACUGUUCACUCAGAAAAAUCGCCAAUCAUUCAAACCAAAACAUCUCAAAAGUAUCAAAUCGCUGAUAUACCAACCCCGUCGCCUCAAGAAAGUGAUGAAAGUGAAAUAUAUCUGGCAAGCCGCAUUAAAUUUCUUAAGGAAAAAUCUUUUUCGAUGGACGAUCCCAUUAAGGAAGACAAUCUUCCUACAGAAGAUUUGUCAAAGCGUUCCGCAUCCGAAGGUUUGGUAUCUGCUGAUAUAAAUGUUUACAAGAGCAACAAGAUGUCCGAAAUUAUAAAGGAAAAUUCUCUGAUACUAGGGCGUAUAAUAAGGAAAACUAACCGAUUUGAUGAAGACCUCACAGAAGAAGCAAAAAAAGUUGAUCGGCUUUGUGUCGAUGAACCGAUCAACUUAAAUCUGUCACAAGAAGUAAAUGAUUUAAUAGAGAAAAUAAACAAUAGCAGAAUUGAGUCUCAUGAAGAAGCAAGUAGUACGAAAACUAUAUGUUCACCAAGAACGAUGAUCUCACUAGUUGAGAACGAUGAGCGGUUUGGAGCUUCGUCAACCGUAACUUGGUCACACUCCUACGAAAGCUCAAAUGAUAAACCAAAACCUUCGAUGAAAAGUCAGCAACCUAUUAAAGUGGAAUCGCCUGAUACAACACCCAAGAUUGAUCAAACUGAAUCAAAGAAUGAAGCUGAUAUGAAAAUUAAUCAAAACCCAAUACCAGACAUAACAACGCAAAGAGUAGUCCCCCUUGAUAACUUAUCUAGAGUAACAUGGUCUCACUCGUACAGGACAUCGGAGGAAAACUUGGCUACCACCGCAUUAGAUAACGAACCUUCUUCGAUAACGGAGACAUCUGACAUUGUUUUGUGCAAGGAAUCAGAGGAGCAAGCCGUAACGGAAAUAGACCCAGUUCUAGCUGAUUGUGAGAUUCCCAAAAUAGCUGAUGAAUCGGAAAUGAACAUUUCCAAAACGGAUCUCGUUAUCAAACGCACGGAAGAGCAACUCGCGCGUUUCAAAGAUCCCGAACCUACCUACUACGUAAGAAAGGACAAUUUCCGUGAAAUAAUCAUUCCAAAUGAGGAGAAGGAACAAGCCGUAGUCGCAUCAAUCGAGGAAAAACAAGCGAGUCCUGCAAAAGAAGCUUACGUGGGGAAAUACGCACUUGAAACAUCAAAAUCUACGUCACCACAGGCAAACACACAAGAACAAGAAAGCUCUCCAGUAUCGAGAGUAAGUAUUAAAAAUUCACCCGAGCACACGGCAGAUAAAUUCAAAUUUGAAGCUAGCGAAACUGGAUCGAAAACAGACGAAUUAAUUAAGAAAACCGAAGAACAACUGGCGAGAUUUCGUGCUCAUGAUAGACAGAUUUUAGAAAAAUUAGAAAAAAGACUAUCUUUGAUAGAUUUAAAAUUGGAGGAAAACCAAAUACCGAACGAAACUUCCGAAAAUAUGCCACGAAUAUCAUCAAAAACCGAGGAAAUUAUCAAAAAGACAGACGAACAGUUAGCACGGUUCAAAGCUGCUGCAGAGAGUAACGCAGAGAAGAGAAAAAGUCGCCACGAAAUUGACGAGCUUUUGCAAAUCAAAGCGGAAUCACCAGAUUUAUCCAGCCGAUCGUCGGACAGUAUCAAGCUUGACGACAUUUCCAUCGCAGAUGCAGAAGAGGCCGUUAUUAUAAAGCAUGCUCAGGCGGAAAUUCUGAAAACAAUCAAAAUGCCAGCAGAAGUAAAAUGUUCCAAAACGGAUGAAAUCAUCAAACGUAUCGAGGAUGGAAAACUUAAACUGGGUGACGACUACAUUACCACUAUCAAAACAAUUGACUAUCUCAAGCAGUCCAAUGCAAACUUAUCCGCCACAUUGUCCUCGAUCGAAAGCUCUAUUAAGGCCAUUGAUGGCUUUUGUGACCACAACUCGGAAAUUCAUUCCAAUAGAAUCAAUGACACUAUUGAUAAUUUGGAAAAAUCGUUAAAGCAAUUCGAUAAGGGCAGCACGGAUCCACCGCUGGUAAUGGUACACGACUACUCAAGUUCACCACAUGAAAAUCGUUGUAGACCAGCAUCGAACAAUAGGCCAAGCAGAGAAUACUCCCCUCGGCAUAGAAAGGAAAAAGAUCACACAGAGAGAACAAAUUUAGUUCUUCGUACUAAAGACCACAGCAGUGACUACUCAUCGGAUGCACGCUCUGCCGACAGGGAGUCUCCGAAAACGUACACUUUCCACUCAUACUACAGUACAUCACCUCCGCUUUCGCCAAGAAUCGUAACCCCGGCGAAGAAAAGUCCUGAACCUGUUGAAAGCAUUCGGCCAACAUCGUUCAAGAGCACUUCCCACGAUCGAUACCUUCUUCAGAAGGAACCACAGAUGAUCAAGUUUGACAAGUCACCAUCUUCACCCAUCAUCAACAAGUCGUAUCUAGAAUCGUUGAAACCUGCGACGCCAAUCGCAUCCGGGAGGACGUCCCGAUCUGCCGAGAACUCACCACCCUUUCAUGCUGCUCAAGUUUUGGUCAAUCCCAGCAGCUAUGGAAACACUGCUCCCCAACACCAGCACCACAGCGGCCUACUGCGUCUUCAGUCGUCGGGUCACGAAGGCGUCGAGUUUUCACACAUCAAGAGUUGCGAAAACAUCCUAAUGCGGUUCGAUUAUAAGAACAUUUCGGCCAUUGCGGCCAGCUUUCCUGUUUCUAGUUCAACGCUCGCCACAUCACCCAGCAGAUUCCGCAGUUUAGAUUUCAAGCAGGAUGCUACACUUAACUUGAGUCUCAGUUCAUCACCAAACAAGAACGUCUAACUAUUAGCCAGGAAAAAGUGUAAAACUAAACGAUUCCUCUGUGAUAUAAAUCUAACUUUUUUAAUAUUUACGAACCGUACAUGAGUUGUAUUUAAGUUGCUUGUGCUCUUACUAAAAAAAAAAUCCAGAAAGAGGAAAAAACUAAAUACUGGGAAACGAGUUCAUAACACAACAUAUAUUGAUCGUUAAGAUGCUCUAAACCUCCCCCGAUUGAUUUUUUGUGUUGAUCAAUCCAAACUCUAAUUGAUCAGAUUACUUGCUCGUGUUGCCGCAUUUUCCAGAGAUGGAUUUUUAAAAAUAAUAAAGCAUAGGGGAGAGUGGGGGGACUUGAUCCCCGGGAACAAUUGAUCCCGAGCCUGUAUCUCGUCAGCAUGUGGGUAAAACAAUUAUCUUUGUUUUAGAAAGUUGUGCGAAUUUGACUAAAACUUAUUGUAUAAAACAGAGAAAAAAAUAAAAAAAUGUUUAGAUUGAGUUA